AUGGCCACUCCGACUGCAGAUUCACUCACAGCGCUGCAAAGUGAUACGCAGGAUUUUCCCGGUUCACGCAGAUUUGGGUUCGCGUCGAAUGCUAACCUACCGUGUUGUUUCAACAGAAUACCGCUCAACGAUGACAAAGGCGAAAAAGUUGCUCGACUGCACUCUCGACAUGCCCUCCAAGAAAUCCAUAUGAACGAAAUCCGCGCUGCGGCAAGUCCUGUGCGGAAACUCCAUCAGAGACGAAGGGAAUCCAAUUAUAGCAACAUGUCGGACUCCCCACGCACGCCUAGAAGUCAAGAUCAUGGAGCACAGGUACGAAGAAGAGGAGGCCCGAGCAACCAGCAGCGCAAUAACAAUGACCACCCUCGAAACAGCUUUGGCCGUGUCGCCGAAGACAGCGGGGUCACACCCAUGAAACGUGUCCCUAUCCUUGCCAAUUUCGAAGAAUGGAUGAAGAUGGCAACGGACAAUAAAAUCAACGCGGCCAAUUCAUGGAACUUUGCACUGAUAGACUACUUUCACGACAUGAGCCUAUUAAAAGAAGGGGACGGUGUUAAUUUUCAAAAGGCAAGUUGCACGCUAGAUGGAUGUGUCAAGAUAUAUACGAGCAGAGUGGAUAGCGUGGCAACGGAGACUGGCCGGCUGUUAAGUGGUCUUGCUGACGGCGGUGCGUCUGAGGGCAGCAAGAAGAGAAGCAAAGGCGAUGGCAAUGAAGAGGAGGAUGAGGAUGAAGAAGGCGAAGACGGCGAAGAUGGUGAGGAUGGAGAAGGCGGGGGAAAGAAGAAAUCCAAGAAGAAAGCUAUGCGAAGUCAUGAAGCUACGCUCGCACCCGGCUUUGCCUCCUUCCAGGGCAAGAAACUGGAACUCGAGUUUGCGGUCGACCCGCUCUUUAAGAAGGCAUCUGCAGAUUUUGACGAGGGAGGAGCUAAGGGCUUGCUGCUGAAUCAUUUAUCCAUCGAUUCUGACGGACGCAUCGUGUUUGACAGCAGUGAUGAUGCGGGAGACGCUGCUUUGGGCGGUGAGAACGAUACCAGCCAACAAGAAAAAGAAGAUGAUGUUGAAUCUAUAGGGAAGGGGCAGCACGCGCCAGAUUCCGCCGCUCAAGACGAAGAGCCUGUUGCCGACGAUCAAGACGGAGAAAUCGAUCUCGCUUCUCUAGCAUCCAAGUUCUUCCCGGAUAUGAGCAUACUGGACUCACAGGACAUUUGCCCUUCUAUGAAAUCCUUCACAUUGGGCGACCCAUCUGGAGACCUGAACUUGCCCUUCCUUAAAGUCCCUGAAGACUGGAAAGAGCACAAAAGGUCCCAGACACCAGCGCCCCCUCCAGCAACAAAUUUUGCCCUUAGCCUGGCCGACCAAACAGGGAUAUUCCUCGAUGGAACCAAUGCCAUGGGUUUCGACGAUGAUGACGACGGCGAUGGGCUGCUCGGUGGCUUCGACGUCGCAGAUAACGUUGGUUUUGGUGAAGGAGGCGAGGCCUGGGCAAAAGAUGCGGCCCUCGAAGCUCAGGCUAGAGUUGCGCGAGCAGAAGAUGUGGACGAUAAUCUUUUGGGGGAUGGAGCUGAUGGAUAUGCGUUGCCUCUGCAGCACAAGUACCAAGAAGAUGCGGAGCAUGAGUCUAUCAUGGCCUAUUUCGACAAAGCAUUCAAUUCACGCGCAAAAGGCAAGACAGCCUUUCUCACCCUGGAAAACUGGCGGAUGCAGAAAAUUCAAAAAGCACAACAACAAGAAUCCAGCGGCACUAAUGUGCCACCCACGAGACAGAAAAAAGAAAAGGAGCCGUACGAGAUUGAUUUUCUGGGCCCCAUGUCGGACUCCUUGAAGGAGUUACUGGAACAACCACCCGUUUUAAAUUCACAGAUAUCUCUCCCAAAAGCGCAGUGGCGGACCAAGGGCCGAAAUCUGCUGGAUAAAGAUGACGAGGUCGUUGACCCAAGAAAAUUAAUGCGACUAUGGACCAAACCCAAGUGUCGAGUGGGCAGGAUCCGGAAGAGAGAAGGAGGAGUAGGUAUGGGGAUUAUUGAUGAGGGCUUUGGGGCCAGAAACCGCGUCGGAACUGCAAACUCCUCUGGCGAAGUGGCCAGUGAUGAGCUGGACGAUGAGGGCAGAAAGGGCGACUAUGAUGCCAACUUCUUUGCGGAUGACGAUCAAAUGCUUCCCUUUGAUGGGCCGUUACCCAUCGACGAUGACGACGACGACGAUGGGAUCGUUGAUGGAGGCGGCGAUGACGGCGGACAAGCGUUCAUGGACGCGAGGGAGAUGUUGUCGCCUCAACCAGAGUCACAGCAUGACCAGCAUCAAAAUCUUCUGAACGGCGAAGCUAGAGCGGACAUUGACCAAGCUGAAUCUCAGCAGUCACAGCAAAACUUGGAAGCACAGCAAAGUCAAUCGGACCUUCUUCCUGGCAGUUUCGGAAGCCAACUUGUAACACAAGCUGGAAGAAGAAUCAGGCCCGAGUACGUGAAUUACGCACGCACGGCGAAGAAGGUUGACGUGAGAAGGUUAAAGGAGAAUUUGUGGAAAGGGAUGGAGGGGCGGUUGCAGUUGAUAAACGUGUUUGAUCGACCCUCGACCGCAACGACUGCCGAGCAACAACUCCGUGAGGAUGGAGAUGGCGACGUCGAUAUGAUGGACAUCGAUGAUGACCAUCCGCAGCAAGAAGAGGCUCAACCCAAAGUUGAAGAGCCUCCUACUCCCGCGCAGAACGAUCCAAACUCACCACACGACACUGACGACGCCGGAACGUUGAAUUUCACCGACCUCAUCCAAGACCUUCGCUCCUUCUAUCCUGAACCCCAGAUGAAAGACAUCAGCACAUCAUACUGUUUUAUCUGCUUGUUACAUCUGGCGAAUGAAAAGGGGUUGGUGUUACAGGGUGAAAGGGACGGGGAGAACGCGAUGCAGGAAAUAAAGGUCACCAGGGACCCGACGGUUGGAGAGGGAUACGAAGGAGAAUAA